UUUCGGACUGCCACCUCCUCCAGGCCGCUGACGGUGAUCAGCUGACCUGUCAAAAUAUUACGCAGCGUGUGCUGUGGUGUUGUGUUUGUUUGCGUCGCUUAACGACACGCCGAAGAUAUGGCAGCCAAAAUGGAGCUCGCACCCCUCAGACCGUGGGACGACUUUUUCCCCGGGACGGACCGAUUCGGCAAGCCCGAUUUCGGAGACUUAGCAAAGUGGAACAACAGAGUGAUCAGCAAUCUGAUGUACUACCAGACGAAUUACUUCGCCGUGGCUAUGGUGGUUUUCCUCAUUGUAGGGUUCAUGAAUCCAUUUGGCAUGUUCCUGGGUGGAGCUGUGGUGGCACUGGUCUUUGCAGGAUCAGUCUGGGCAGGAGAAAAUAAGGCCACUAUCAAGAACUUCAAAAGGAAGAACCCCACUCUGUUUGUCAUUGGUGUCAUGGUCACCAGCUACUUUCUGCUUUCACUCUGUGGUGGAGUCAUGGUCUUCAUCUUUGGAAUCACCUUUCCUUUGCUCUUAAUCUUGAUCCAUGCCUCUUUGAGACUUCGCAACAUGAAAAACAGGCUGGAGAACAAGAUUGAAGGUGUUGGGCUAAAGAAGACCCCCAUGGGCAUCAUCAUGGAUCUCCUGGACCAACAAGAGGAGAAAAUUAAUAAGAUUCAGGAUUUCAUUGAAAACAAACUGAAGGAGUAAGAGUGCAGCCAAGAGUGUGCCAAAAGAAAUCAGUGUCAUACAGUAUGGAUUAAAGUUUCUGUAGAAUUGUCUGAUAAGUUCCAGUUUAAGCCCCUUAUAAUAAUAAUAAAGUUACAGAUUUUUUUCCCCCCUCA